AUGGAGAGCGGGGCCUACGGCGCGGCCAAGGCGGGCGGCUCCUUCGACCUGCGGCGCUUCCUGGCGCAGCCGCAGGUGCUGGCGCGCGCCGUGAGCCUGGUCUUCGCCCUGAUCGUGUUCUCCUGCAUCUUCGGCGAGGGCUACAGCAACCCGCACCACUCGCACCAGCUGGCCUGCGUCUUCAACCACAACGAGGACGCCUGCCGCUACGGCAGCGCCAUCGGCGUGCUGGCCUUCCUGGCCUGCGCCUUCUUCCUCGUGGUCGACGUCUACUUCCCGCAGCUCAGCAACGCCGUGGACCGCAAGUACCUGGUCAUCGGCGACCUGCUCUUCUCAGCUCUCUGGACCUUCCUGUGGUUCGUGGGCUUCUGCUUCCUCACCAACCAGUGGGCGGCCACCAACCCGGCAGACGUGCUGGUGGGCGCGGACUCGGCCCGCGCGGCCAUCACCUUCAGCUUCUUCUCCAUCUUCUCCUGGGGCCUGCUGGCCGCCCUGGCCUACCAGCGCUACAAGGCCGGGGUGGACGACUUCAUGCAGAACUACGUGGACCCCGCCCCGGACCCCAGCACAGCCUAUGCCUCGUACCCGGGCCCUUCGGCCGACAGCUACCAGCAGCCUCCGUUCACUCAGAGCGCCGAGGCCGCCGAGGGCUACCAGCCCCCCGUUGUGUACUGA